GUCUGGCUGAAAAUAAACCGCCUUGCCUGCCGAGGACACCUUGCAGCCGGGGACAGGGGGUUAUUCAGCACGGUGGAGUUCGCUGGCAGAAGAAAAGGCACAUCUUGAGCGAGACACCAUGAGUCCCCAGCGGGAUAAAACCCUCCUGCCUUUGAUGCUUCUCAUUUUCCUGACUAUGGAGUGCUCAGUAGAAGUUCGUGAUCCUCCCCUUUUAGUGAUCCAGACACCUGCCUCUCUGAAUGUGACAGAAGGAUCAACCCUGAGUAUGCAGUGCAGGAUCGAAGGAAACAUCUCAUCCAUUUCCUCUUGGUUUAUGUGGUAUGUCCGUAAAACUGAUGGAAAGUGGAAAGUAAAUGACACUGUCCAAAUAUCUACAAAAAGAUCUGCACAAGGGACUAAUCUCACUCUGAUGACAGCUGAUGUAGAGGAUUCUGGACACUAUGAAUGUCAGGCUGGUGACUCAGAGAUUUCUGCUUGGAGUAAUGGGACCCAAGUGACCGUCAAUGAAAAACAGUCAGACAGCAACCUUAUAAGUCCUGGAGUGGGUCCUGGCACUGACGCUGGCUUUGGCAUUGGCAAUGGAGUACGAACUAGUGUCAUAGUUACCCUCCUCUUGCUGACGAUAGGUGUCUUGGUGUGGAAGUACAAGCUGAAGCCCAAAGGUAACAUUCCACACACUAAAAGUCCUUUUCCUUCGAGAGAUCAGAGGCUUGGUUGCAUCACAAAAGCACACCAGAGAAGUUUAUCAAUGGCCUCUGACAUGCUAAAUGGGACCACCAGGUCCGGAAUAUACUCACUCUCUCCUCCAGGCUUCAGUGGAUCCUGUUUCUGAACAAAUCUGGGGGGAUGGGGCGCUGAAUGAGAAUAUUUGAAAAAUGACUCAGACUUGCAGAAGCCAGGUGCAGAGAUGUCAGCCACAAGCAGGAUCCAUGACUCACCCUGGAGUGGUGGUGAAGGCUUCCAAAGGAAAACAAAUGGAGGUACUUAUUGUGGGGAGUCAGGGCCUGAGAGAUGGUUUAGAUCUGCCUGUUCUGGAUGGGGUUACACUCCCCCUGAAAGAAUAAGUAUGUCACCUGGGAGUGCUCCUGGAUCCCAAACUCACUGUGGUUUCUCAGGUUGAGCCAGUGGCCAGAAGCGCUUUUUAUCAACUUCGGCUGAUACGUCAGCGAUAUCCAUUUCUGGAGGUAAAGGUAAAGUUGUGCCCUCGAGUCGGUGUCAACUCCUGGCGACCACAGAGCCAUGUGGUUUUCUUUGGUAUUCUACUACCAGGGGUUCAGAAUGCAGCAGCCAGACUGGUCUCUGGGUCAACCUGAAGGGACCUUAGAACACCAAUUUCGAAAGAAUUCCACUGGCUGGCGAUUUGUAUCCGAAUGAAAUACAAAGUGCUGGUUAUUGCCUAUAAAGCCCUCAAUGGCUUGUGUCCAGGGCGUUUAAGAGAGUGCCUCCUCUGUCAUCAACCCUGUAGUCUAUUAAUAUCAUCUGGAGAGGUCCGGUCGCAGUUGCUGCCAGCUCCUUUGGUGGCAACCCGGGGCUGGGCCUUCUCAGUGGCUGCUCUGGGCUCUGGAAUAGGCUCCCUGUUGAAAUAAGAGCACCCCCUUCUGUGUUUGCUCUUAGGAAGACCCUCAAGACGUACCUGUUUUCUCAGCCUUUCAACUGAAAUUUAAGAACUAUUCAAUGUGGUUUCUUCUUCUGUGAUUGUUACAUUUGUUUUGUGAAUUUUAACUGUUUUUGAAUUGUGUUACAUUUCCUGGGUUUUAAAAACUUUGUAUGCUGCCUAGAGAUGCAUAUAUCAGGUGGUUUAGAAAUAUGAUGAACAAAUAAAUAAUAAAAUAAAAGGACUGAGGAAAAGUGUUGGUCAGAAAGACAGAUUGAUAGGUAAAGCAGAGGAUUUGGAACUGGGAAGUAGAACUACCAUUGAGGAAGACCUACAGCAUGCUGAACCGUGUUUGGCUUGGACUAACUGCUUUCUUAUUCUCCUUUUGGGAUACUACAAGACAGCUGGACCAAUUCAGAGCCUUUUUGGCCAAGAUAAAGGACUUCUUCUAUCUUCUCUUUGAGACAUUAGAAGACAGCUGGACUGACCUCAAGUUUUGAAAUUAUUUGUGGCAUUGUCAUCCUGUUUGAGAAUGGUAAUUAGACAUUGGUAGUUUUCUGUUCAUUAAAAUAGAAAGGUUGUAUUUGCAUAUGACAUACCUGUUUACAUUUGAUGGUUUUUUCAUAUGUAUUAUCUAAGACCUUCCAUGUCAAGCUUUUAUAUUUUAUGGGAAUAUGCACAAAUGAACUUUUAUAUCUUAACCUGGAUACAAUCUGAAAUUAAAUAUAUAUGAUUAUAGGA